AUGAUACAAUAUGAAAAACUGAUCUAUCUAUCUAUCUAUCUAUCUAUCUAUCUAUCUAUCUAUCUAUCUCAGCUUCUAAUAAACUCACACAAUGCUUUCUUUCGUUUUUCUUCCUAUCUAUCUAUCUAUCUAUCUAUCUAUCUAUCUAUCUAUCUAUCUAUCUCAGCUUCUAAUAAACCCACACAUGUCUUUCUUUCUUUUUCUUUUUUUCUAUCUAUCUAUCUAUCUAUCUAUCUAUCUAUCUAUCUAUCUAUCUAUCUUUUAAUAAUUAUCUGUCUAUCCCAGUCUGUUACUAUCUAUCUAUCUACAGAUGAAUAUUACCAGUCUAUCUAUCUAUCUAUCUAUCUAUCUAUCUAUCUAUCUAUCAUCUUCAUCUAUCACUUCACUAGAACUAGAUGCUCAAAGAAUCACAAGGAAAUUAGGAAUUUUAUUGUAAUGUCUUUGUGUUGUACCGAAAAUUUCCGAUACGUACUGUCUCUUUCUUUCUUUCUUUCUUUCUUUCUUUCUUUCUUUCUUUCUUUCUUUCUCAGAAUAUUACUAAUCUAUCUAUCUAUCUAUCUAUCUAUGUAUCUAUCUAUCUAUCUAUCUAUCUAUCUAUCUAUCUAUUAA